GUUCCUCAUAGAGGAUCAAUAAAGAUCCCCAAAAAUCAUCAAGUAUCCUAAGUAUCCGUAUUUUUCCCUUUCGUAUUAAAACCAGGAAGACUCCAGACCAAUCAGAAUGGAAUCAUUCCCAUCCCAAAUCACUGGACCCCCAGAUCCAGCUCCACCCCGCAGAGAGCAGUACCUCUUCCUCUUGGAGUUCUUCAUCCACAGAAUUGAUAGCCAGAGGCUCGGCAGAUUUAAUGAAAUGUUCUAUGUCCCCACAACAGUUACUCUGAAAUUCCUGAACCUCCAAGACGACUCGAUCAAGAUAACUCCAGUUGAUCCAAUGUUUGAGCCUCUAUCAGGCAUUCCUGGAGACUCUGAGAAUUUCUUUUCAGGCAGAUCAAUCCUCUUUGCCAUACCGGAGAAAAUGGUGACAACAAUAUCCACAGAAUUUAAAAUAGAUUUGAAUGUUCAGAAGAAAAUGCCCGAUGAGAUUCGUCCAGACAUCUUGAUAGGCACUGGAGAGUUGGACAUGUCACCAGAGUUCGCUGGACUGAGGAAAGAAGUUCUCCAGUGCUGGCACAGGGAUUUUCCUCCUCCUAAGGUGUUCGAAGGUCCAGUCAAAUUAUUUUAUGAAGGAGAACCGUCAGGGGAUAUUUUCAUCCUUGUGAAAAUCUCGGGAUUUGGUCAAUCAAUUGUCACUGAGUUUGAUUCGCCACCUGAAGAGAAGGCGACAUCCUUCGUCUUCAGGGGGGAUGAUCGAGACGAUAAAAAUCUUUCUUAUAAAUGUAAGGUUAUUGAUCCAGCUGAUGUUGAUAUCUGUGAAGAGUCUGAGGAUGAUGCUGGAGAUUGUCAUGUCUGUUCUCCGAAGAAGAUUAGGUGUAUGCCGUGUGGACAGCCCGAUUCUGCUCGGGUGAAAGGGACAGGGAAAAGCCAAAAAUCACGACUAGAGAAUCAAGAGCCAUCGAAAGAAUUGAGGAUGGAACCUCGAGGAAUGAUAUCAUCGAGCAGAGGGGAUCCUACCCCGUGUGGAAAAGCUGUUGUCCUCAAAGUUUCUGGACUCUUAGAUUACGAUGGAAAGAAAAAACCGAGAGUCACUGUGGGACCUGAGUCAUCUGUUCCUGAUCCAGAACACGAUGUAUUUGUUCUUAGAAUUGGGAAAAAGGGAUUAGUGGGGGCGGAUGAGAAAUCCGAUCUCCAGCUAGAAAUGAGAACACCAAAGGGCCCAGAACGACGGCCUCCAAUUCGAUAUGAGACAAGAGAGGCUCAAACCGAAAUUGAGACUAAAGAAGUUAAGAAAAAGGGCAAAGGGAAGAAAAAGAAAUAACUCGACGAAAAAAUAUUGAACAGAACAGGAAAAUUUCCUUUGAAAAGCGAAAAUUUAGUGAUGUUUAUUUGUUGUUAUCUGACGUAUUCGAUAUCAUGACAUUUAUGACACUUACCAUCGAAAAUUAAGAGGAAUAUGAAGAGUUGAGGUGAUGCUUUAGAUGAAAAUAGCUACAAAAAAAAGGACA